GAGAAAAAUGGCUGUCAUCUGCUAUGUCCGUCAAAUGUUGACUUCACGAUUAACUUUUUAUGGAGCGGACAAUUUACAAAAUACAUUGAUUUUUCGAUUAAGUACCAGUACACACUACAACAAAAAUAAAGUUACCCAUGGCUUUUCUCUUCGAAAGUUCGAGAAAAUGAUGACCAAAAAGAAAAAGAAGUUUUAUUCUGAUCCUGUGCAUACCAGUCAGCUUGGGAAAAUGCAGACUGUGCUGAAUCCAAUCUCCAAGAAACCAGAGAAUAAGCAUGGUCAAAAGGAAGGUGUGAGACUUCAAGUCUUCAACACCAUCUUAUACGAACACAUUGUUGAUCUGGUCAACUCCAAUUACAUCAGUGAAGAGUUGGAGCAACUACAAGUACAAAUUCUCUCAGUUCGUGUAGCAGGCGAUAUGAGUGUAGCUAGAGUAUAUUGGCAAGCUUCAGGAAAUGCCAAGAGUGAUGACAAGGUGCAGGGCAUCCUUGAUAAAUACACUGGAAGAGUAAGACAUGCCCUUAUCUCACUCCAUGUCCUGGGAAAUGUACCAAGAGUAUGCUUCUUGAAGGACAAGACGGCUGCAAACAUCGCUGAAGUCGAUCACCUUCUUGCCUCCGCCGACUUCGGACCCAUUGACAAUGAUUCCCCAACGGAGGGAGCCCUCCACGGAAUAGAAUGGCAUGGUUCAUACGAUGCAGAUUGGCAGGAUGGUUUCACAAGAGAGCGUAAACAUGGUAAAGGAGCAGAGGACAGGUUCAAAGGACCAAACUUCUUCGCUGUUGAUCAUGCAGAUGCAUUGGCACAGAUUGCAAGUCAGAAGAAGCAGGAAUCUUCCAAAGUUCCAGACGGAUUUUCCCCCAUCACAAACUCACUUGAAAAGUUCAAGGUGUUCCAGAAAAAGAAGAAAAUAAAGAGGAAAAUGGAGGAGUAUGACAUUGACAGCAUCGAUCAAGAGGAGGAUUUUGAAGUCGAAGACCCACGAGAAACUGAAGAUAUUUGAAUGAUUUAUUUAAAGUUUUGUUAUAUGGUGCAAAGAGACACUGGGUGAUUUCAAGUACAGUGUUGAAAUCUACGUGCAAUUCCACAUUCACCAACACCAACCCCCAGGGAUUGGGAAAAUCAUGAUUUCAAGUUCAGAGUUGGUAUUGGCAAUCUCAAGCUCGUGAACAGUCGCAGAAAAUGAUGAAACAAACGUAAAAUUAGCUUUUACAGUUAAGAUGAGUGCAAAUCAUUUGAGCUUUAUAUAUUUUGAUGAAGAAUAAUAUUCACUCUUUCAAAUUCUUGAAUUAAUUAAAGCAUUGGUAUUCUGUAUGAGAAUUUAAUGCAUUUCUCUCCAAUUUCAUUUUCGUCAUCGAGACUUCUCGCGUGAAGUUGAGAUGAUUUAGCAGCGCAGCUCAGAGGCACGAGUGACAUGUGCUAUCGAUAAACGCAAUAGGUUUCGUUCCUCUGAACCCAGCUCUGUAAAGCUGCCUUUUUACUCUCUCAACACCAAUACCGAACACCGUACUUGAAAUCACCCAAUGUAUUUUUAAUCAUCUUUUAUUAUAAAGAAAUUUUAUAUGAUGAAAAAAACAUGGUCAUUUUAGGUCCAGAUGAGUCCAGAAUAAUUGGUGCAAAGAAUGAUAUGCCUGGAGUUGAGACAUGGGAGGCAUUUUCACUGUCUUUAAACUGUGGUGUCAUAUCUCGAGACACCAAACAUCACAAAUAAUUGAUUAUAACCAAGUGAAUCAGGAAAAAAUUACACCUCACAAAUUGCUUACUCAAUAAAAAAGAAAAUGUCAUAAACAUUAUAUAUGACCUGAAAUUAAUUUAUGAUUUGAUACUAAAGUGUUCAUGAAACACUUCUCAUAAAUAAUUAAUGAAAAGGUGGUUGCAGUGGAAUUUACUAUCGGAAGAUGACAUAAUUGACAACCAGAUUCAUUCAUUACUUUGACACAAAUCAAAAUGUACGCCAUGCCGAAGAAUACCUUGUUUAUCCAGGCAUAAACCGUUUGAGAAAAUACCCUUUCAUGAUGUAUACAAUACUUCUGUUUCAUAACAUUUUUAAAUUGAAUUUGUGGUUUGUGAGGUGAAAAUAAUUUGGACUCGCUCAGAUUAUUAACCAAGCAAUUCUUUCAUGGUGCAAUCUUCAAGGCACCAUCCCUGACCCAAUGAACAGAAAAAUACAAAUAAAUGUAUGCUUUACAAGAAAUAUUGGUUGCUAGUUAUUGGUAUUUAUUUCUUUUAGUUCAAUAUUCAACUUAAUAAACUAUGACUCCUCAGAAGUACAUGAUCAAAGCGAUAGUACAUGAACCUACAUACUAUAUUCCAGGGCUUAGACUUUACGUAUGUCACACUUCCUAACACUUUGCUUGUGUUGUAAAAAAAAAAGCCAGCUAAGCAAAUCUCUACUCAAUGUCUAUAGAGUAUGUGAAAAACAAGACCUCAACCUGUCGGUAUUGGAGCAACAACCCCCCCCCC